AUGCGGAGCGGUUUUCUCGGUAUGAAGGCCGAGGGAGGGAGCGCGUCGCCCGUCGUCGGCUCGUCCAAGGGACCUCAGCUGCCUAACAUUCGCGCCGAGGCCGGCCAGUCUGUGCAAGUCUUCGUGCGCGUGGGGAGGGGCGACUCGCUCCGCGUGCUCGCGCGCACCUUCAACUGCACGCCCGCGGAUUUCAUCCGCGCAAACACCGAUUUCAUCGCCAACAGCGGCGACGUAAUCUACGAGGGCGAUAUGCUGCGCGUUCCCUCCUCCGCCUGGACCGGCACCGCGCCGCCUGGCCUCCAAGACCGCAUAGUGAUUAAGAACGUCGACGAGUCGGGGUCGUCCGCCGGAUUAGGUGCCGCUGCAACCGCCGCCGUCACUGCGGUGAAGGCUAAGGCGCAGGCGCUGAUCACGUCUGUGGGGACGGCGGCGGGGGGAGCCGGGGGCGCGGGGGGGAUCGGCGGAGCGCAGGGCGGAGUGCUGCUCGGGGCGAUCGGGCUGGCGCUGAUUGUGGUGGGCGGAGUGGCGGUAGGGCGGAAGAAGCUCGCCAAUUCGGCGGCACCAGCGGAAGUGACGCCGCUAGCGGGAGCAUCCGUGGCUGCAAAAGGCCCAUAUUCCGACGCAUCUGAACCCACAACUCUUCCCAACAAGCUCCUGCAAGCGUCCGUCCUCUCCACCGCUGCUGCAGCUUCUGCCACGGCCGCUUCCCCUAAAACAACCGGCCCGUAUUCAGACCCUUCACAGACUGUGAAUCUGCCUAUUCCUGUCGCUGCUGCUCCUGCUAAGACUACACUUGCCGCAGCAUCCGGGCCAUAUUCCGAUGCUUCAGAGACAAAUAGACUGCCCAGCAAGAUGAUGCAGGCGUCUGUUCUUCCCUCCUCCUCCUCCCCUGCUACUCCCGCUAAGACCGUCCCAGCAGCAACUGGACCGUACUCUGUUGCUAUGGAGAUUAUCAGCGCAUCCCCCAAGCUACAGAGGUCCACCUCCUCCUCCUCCUCCUCCUCCUCCUCCUCCUCCUCCUCCUCCUCCUCCCCUGCCGCUGCUGCUCCUGCUGCUGCCGCCGCUGCUGCUGCUCCUGCUAAGAGCUCCAUUGCUGCAGCAUCCGGGCCGUAUUCCGAUCCUUCGGAGUCUGUCAAUCUGCCCAACAAGUUGCGCCAGGCGUCUGUUCUCCCCACCUCUGCUGCCGCUAAGAGUGCCACCGCUGCUGCAGCAGCAGCCGGGCCGUAUACCGACGCUUCGCAGGUUGUGAAUCUGCCAGUCCCUCCUGCCUCCCCUGCUGCUGCUGCUCCUGCUAAGGCCGCCGCAGCAACCGGACCAUACUCCGAUCCUUCAGAGACGGUCAAUCUGCCCAACAAGCUGCGCCAAGCGUCCGUUCUCACCCCCGCUUCUGCUGCUGCCGGUGCUGCACCUGCUGCUGCUGCUCCAUCAACUGGACCAUACUCUGAUGCUUCAGUGACCGAGAGCCUGCCUGCUAAGAAACCUCCCGUGGCCCCCACCCCCUCCGCUGCCCCUGCUGCUCCUGCUAAGGCCUCAGCGUCCGGGCCGUAUUCCGAUCCGUCAGAGACUGUCAAUCUGCCCAACAAGCUGCGCCAGGCGUCCGUUCUCCCCACCACCCCUGCUGCUGCUGCUGUUUCUCCUGCUAAGGCCGCAGCAACUGGGCCAUACUCCGAUGCUUCAGAGGCUGAGAAGGUUCCCAACAAGUUGAUGCAGGCGUCUGUUCUCCCUGGAUCCUCCUCUCCGCCUGCUGCUGCUCCUGCUGCUGCUGCUGCUACGGCCCAGCCUGCUGUAGCAGCAGGCAACGGUGCCGUGGCGGCAGCGGCAGAGGCAGAGAAACCUGCUGAGAAGAAGAAACCCAUCUGGAGCUUCUUGUUCAAAAAGAAGGAAGCGAAGAGCGAGGAUGUACCAGCACCUGCUGCUGCUCCUGCUCCUGUUGUUGCUGCUGCUGCUGCUGCCACUGCUGCAGCUCCUGCCGCUGUUGCGGUUGCAGCUGCUACUGUCAAGCCUCAGGCUGUUUCGUCGCCUGCCGCUGCUGCUGUUGCUCCAGUGGCGGCUGACGCGGCAAAGUCAGAGGAGCUGUCAGAGGAGGAGGAGAACUGGCGCAAGAUCCAGGAGCUGAUCAAGACGUCAAUCCCUGCGCUUGCUGUCGGGCUUGGCACUGUCGCCACCGUCACUGGCGGAUUCCAAGGGGCCAUGGAGGCCAUAGGGCUCACAGCAGUCACAUCCUUCAUUGGAUACGACCUUCUUUGGGCCGAGCAGAGGCAGCGACUGCUGAAGGACCUGAAGAGUAUCAAGAGUCCAGACGAUGUCAAGAAGUUUGUGGAGGAGCGUGGCAUCGCCCCCAACAUCGGCUUGACUCGUGGUGGUAUGCAGAGGGGUGAUGGGUUAGGGUGCGGUGGAGAGGAGCGGACUGAGCCUUCCAAGGAACCGGGCUGCGUUCGCUUCCCAUUCGAGGUGGGGCAGGAGCUACACGGCUCUCUCUUCUUCACCAACCUCUCUGAUGCCCCGCGCGUGCUCAAACUCUCGUUUGCCGCAAACAGGCCGUACGGCAUCGUGGAUGGGGACACAUUUCUGCUACCGCCCAAUGCAUUCCAGGAGAAGAAAGUCACGUGUGGAGCGUUCGCGAAGCGGCCCUUCUGGUUCCCCACCGACUCGUUCCAGCUGGAGGUGUAUGCUGCUGCCACCGUGGGCGAGGUGGCUAAUGGCCCAAACUCUGGGUUGCUGGGGCGCAAGCAGCUGCCAGUGACGUUCCUAGAGACGGGAGCGCAACCCCCCAGCAUGCUGCGCUCCCCUUCGCAACCCCCUCUCGACCCAUCCCAGGCAGAACAGCAGCAGCAGGCACUGGCGUCAACCCAGGCAGCGCUGCAGCAGUGCGAGCAGUCGCUGCAGGUGCAUCGAGAGGCGCUGGUGCUGCUGACAGGCAAGCUGGACCACCGGGGGGAUGAGCUGGAGGCUGCCAGAGGGAAGAUUCAGCAGCUCGAUGAUGCCCUUGCCAUGGUGGGUUGGGGUGGGGAGACAGGGGAGGGGGGGUUGGGGGGGAGGAGUGUGUUGGGGAGGUGUGGGUUGUGGAGUGGGUGGGGGGAUGGUGGAGCAGCCAGUCGCCCCCCCGUCAUGCCAGGAAACCUCUCCUCCUCCUCCACCUCCUCCUCCUCCUCCUACUCGGAAGCACGGGAGCUGCAGCGGCUGCAGGGGCUGCUGGAGGCAGCAGAGGAGAGGGCCAAGGACGCCAACAGUGAGUCACGGCAGCUGUACCUCGAGUGCGAGGGGCUGCGCAGGCAACUGGAGGAGGAGCAGCAGCGCAGCAGCAACAGUCUGCAGGGAGCGCAGCAGGUGGAGGAGAAGCUACUGGAGGCACUCGCAGCAGCAGACAGUGCCAGGCAGCGCCUGGCAGCAGCGCUGCAGGACAAUGCAUUGCUGGAGGAGGCAAAGGUGCGCGCAGAGAGGGAGAGGGCGAGUGUGCACAUGCAGAUGCGGGCUCUGAGGGCGGAGAAGGUGGAGGUGGAGGGGCAGGUGGGGCGCCUGCAGCGCACCAUGGAUAAGCUCCGCCUCUCGCAAGUUCCCCGCCUGCGACUCAUUGCCGACCUGGCAGCAACGCGCAUGAAGGGGGAGCGGCUGGAAGAAGAGAAGGCGCAACUGCUGCAGCACAUGCAGGAGAUGGAGGAGGACCUGCGCCGCACUGCCCGCACACAGACGGGCGAUUGCAGCGAAUCUUCAUCACUGUCUGGUGUUGAGAGUGUAGGAGGAGGGACAGAGGGAGGGAUGGAGGAGGAGGUAGGGGCAGCAGCCUCCUCCUCCACAGUGACUAUCCUGGAGCAACAGCGGCAGCUAAUGGAUUUGGAGCAACGGCUGAGAGAGGAGGAGGAGAGAUGCAGGGAGCUGCAGGAGAGAGUGAGGGAGGCUGAGGAGAGAGUGAGGGAGGCAGAUGAGAGAGUGAGGGAGAGCGAGAAGAAGGCACAGGAGGUGGAGGAGAGGGAGGUAGAGGUGGUGGAGUGGGAGAAAGAUCUGGAGACGAAGGAGAAGCAGCUGGCAGCAAGAGAGGCUAUGCUUAAGAGCGGCAGUGUGGCGAGCAGCAUUGGGAGCAGGAGGGGAGAGGAGGGUUGGGAGGUGGUGGGAGGAUUCAGUGGCUCGCAAUUCGACCAGCAGCACGAGCAGGAGAGAGGCACGAGCGCAUGGGCUCAGGAUGACCGCUUGAAAGAGCAGGAGGAACGCGUGAAGGAGCAGGAGGGCGCGAUACUGGACCUGCUGGGGAAGGUGCAGGAGCAGCAGCAGCGGAUCACGGCUCUAGAGGAGCAGCUGCAGCAGCAGGAGCAGCGGGUUACGGAGCUGGAAGAGGAAAGGGGGGAGCUGGAGCAGCAGCUCGAUGCCAGCAGGGCUGCUGUGGUUCAGGCGGAGGAGAGAGUCCAGGCUGCCACUGCCGCUGCUGCUGCUGCUGCAACAGCUGCGACGGGUGGCCUGAGUGUAGCAGAUGGCAAUGCCAAUGGUGCUGAUGCUGAUGCUGGUGCUGAUGAUGAGGUGCAGCGGUUGCGGCAGCAGGUGCAGGAGCAGAGGCGGCAGCUGCAGGAGAACGAGGAGUCGUUUGAGCGGUGGGAGAGGAGCUACGAUGAGGACGAGGCGAACCAGCGAGUGGAGCAGCUGCAGGCGCAAGGAGAGCAGGCGGAGCAGCUAGAAGCAGAGCUAGAGGCGCUGAGGGGGAGAGUGCGCGCAGCAGAGGAGGAGGCGGAGCGGGCGAGGGAGAGGGAGGAGGGGUUGAGGGCGGAGGUGGAGGUCAGGGAGGAGGAGGUGCGGGUGCUGCAGGCGACAGUAGAAGAGAAGCGCGAGGAAGUUGAGCAGGCAGAAGCAGCACGUGCCAUGCUGGCAGGGCUGCAGCAGAGCGUGCAGGAGAAGGCAGCAGCGGUGGAGAACCUGGAGGCUGCUCUGCGCCGCACUGAAGCGGACUUCCAUGAGAGUGAGAAGAUGUGUGACUAUCUCAAGACCAGGCUCGCCACAGUGCAGGGGGACCUGCAGGCACAAGUGCUGGCGUCCGCGGACCAUGCAGUCUCUGACGGCUCUGCCAUGCUGCAGCAGCAGAUCGACUCGCUCCGAGCUGCACUGGACCGCAAGGAUGCAGAGCUGGACGAGGCGAGUGAGCGGCUGGCAGCAGCGGAGAGGCAGCUGGAGGAUGCCCGGGAGGUGGCUCGCAGAGAGACAGAGCAGCGGGAACUGCACGCGGAGGAGGUGGCGCGCGCACGGCUGCACAUAGCGGUGGUGGAGCGGGAGAAGAAGGAGCUGGAGGGGCUGAGAGCAGCAUCGGGGCCGGAGAUGCUGGGCGUGCAGCGGGAGAAGGAGGAGGCGGAGGAGCGGGUGAGGGAGAUGGAGGGGGUGGUCAUGCAGCUCAAGACGCGCGAGAGGGAGCUGCAAGGCGCCAUCCAGUCAGGCCACGUCCAGUACCAGACCCUGCAAUCCACACUCUCAGCCAACAUCACGGAGCUAUCAGCAGUGAACGAGCAGCUGCGACAGCAGGCAGAGACUCUCCUCUCCGAAAUCAGUGCACUGGAAGACGCCAUUCGCCAGGUGGAGGCCAUGGACCAGCGCCGCCCGCACCACCGCGUGCGCCUGCUGCGGCAGCAGCGCGGCUUUGUGUGUUCUGCGUGCCAUGUGCCGGGGUCAGGGUUGUCGUGGCGCUGCGUCACGCCCAGGUGCCCGGACAGCUUCCAUCUGCAGUGCCUGGUGGGGCAGAGAAACUAG